UCAUUGAUAAAGUUCUAUAAAUCUCAAGCGAUCUUUUAGCGCUACGCGUCGUUUUCAUUUCACGUCUAUUUUUGAACGCAUUAAAAUUUUUAUAUAUUUUUUUUUCUCCGUCUGCUACUUUCCAUUUCUAAUGGUGAAACAAAAACUUGCGGGUCAUUAAAAAUAAAACUAAAAACAAAACAAAAAUGUUUUAACGAAAAAAAACAUUUGCCUUUUUAAAUUAAAAAGAAAAUGUAAUAAAAAUUCAAAUUUCGGUAGAGUUCUUGAAAGCAAAAAAGUUCAUAUUCUAAACUUGACAAAGAUGUGCGGCAUUAUUUAAAAACUUACAUUAAAACAUUUUUCAUAAAAAACUAUAAAACAAAUCACUAUAAUGUUUAUAGUAAUAACUCCACGUGCUUAUCAAACCCUAAUUUUGGAAUAACCUCGCCUAAUUAAACAAAUUUUUAAAAUAAUUUACAAAAAAAAAUAUAAAAAAUUGAUUUUCAUUGCUACUACGGCGUUUCCUGGCGAACGCUGCCAGUGGUGAUCAUUAUCAUUACGGAAUUGUUAAAUAUAGUAACAAACAAAAAAACACGAUGCAAAUUUCCAAAAAUUUGCUAAGAGUAAUUUUCAUGCUGUCAACAAUUGUCGCAGUUACAGAUUGUUGUUCUAGCCGAAUCUUAUUCCUAAAAGAGCAAACCUUUAACAUAAUACAACAGCACAAAAUGCAACAAUAUCAACAAUAUAAUGGCCAUCAACCAACAAAUGAGAAAUACGAACAACAUGUCCAUGGCGGUCAUAUGGGCAGCGAACAGAUCAACAACAACAAACAUCAUACCAACAUCAAUACCGAUGAUGAAACGGCCUCCGAAGAUCAGACAGCAGAAGCUUCUGGCAAAGACAGGCCACCACCACAAGAAAAAGGUGGUGGUGGGGGUGAUGGAGCAGAUGCUUUAGAGCCUUUUGGGGAUUUUGGCAAGCAAAUCAGUGAUUUAUUGCUGACCGAUAUAGCCAAACAAACGAAAAAACCUAAUGAAAAUCCCGGCUAUCAACUGAUCGAUAUCUAUCAGAGUAUAAUGGACAAUGUAUUAUCGUUUGCCUGUACGGGUCAGUUUCUUACGGAUUUCUGUUUAAAUGGUGGCCGCUGCUUUCGGGUGCCCAUGGGCAAUCAGAGUCUCUUUUCGUGUGAAUGUGCCGAUGGUUAUGUGGGUGAGCGCUGUGAAUCGAAAAGUGUUAAUGGAGUUUUUGUGCCCUCUUCAGCGUUGGACAAUCGUAAACCGAAAAUUUUAACGGCUCGCAUUGUUUUCUCCUUUCCCAUGCUGAUUUUCUUAACGGUUAUUUAUCUAUUCUUUGGCAUGGUUAUUGUUUUUAAAUGCCAGCCUCCGUUUCGCGCGAAAUAUACGCCUCAGUCGCGUAGAGCAGCCGGUUUGCUCUUUACUUAAAUUUCUUUAUUAAAGUCACAUUCGCUUAAUUAAGAUUUUGAAAGGACUCGGGUAACAUGAGACAAGUGCAAUUUUUUUUUCUACUACACUGCUUCUAAUUCUUUAAAUUUUGUCGGUUUUUGUUAGAUUUUUCUUGAAAAAAAAGAAAAGCUUUUCCUGUUACAAACCUUACAAAAGCCUCGGGUUUGUAGUUAAUGGAAUUCUUUAAUUUAACUUUAAAUUUAAUUUACAUUUAGAAAAGUAAUAUUGCUUAAUUACUUUAAAAUAAUUUCAAACUGCGCGCAGUUUUUUUGCUUGAAUUAUUCAAUUUAUUUAUGUAAAUUUUUAUAAAUCUUUGCUCUUCAAGUAGUUUCCAUGGAAAGUAGUUAGUUUUCUCGUAAUAAUAUUAAUCCAUUAAACCAUUAAUUUCUUUAUAUUUUGUUAAAGUUUAAAGCGCGCUUUUUCUUUAAAUUUAUUUAAAUUUAAUUUAAACAAUUACUGUACGUGGCUGCGUAUAAUUUUGUUUAAUAUUUUUCUAUUUCACUGAGGCGCUUUCAGUUGUUUCAUUUCAUACUUUAUAUUUCCCAAAAUAAAUAUUUAUUUAUUUUUUGUUUUUGCAACUUUUCAGUUG